GCUCGUUACGCAAGUGGAGCAACAGGUUUUAUCUCAACUGUAAUUAGAUUCAGUUAAUAUUCCAUCAACACGUUGAGUGAUCUUUAUCGUGUGGUUUUUAUCCAGUAAUUUUAUAGCUAUCCAACUAUCUGCAAUGUCCGCAAACCUGUUGCAAGCCACCAGACGCCAGCUUUGCGCUCAGGCCCGUCGCUACAGUUCAAAGAUCAACGAUGUUGUUGUUGUUUCUGCCGCUCGUACACCGAUUGGAAGCUUCCAAAGUCAGCUGGCCCCAUUGUCGGCCACACAACUGGGCGCCACAGCCAUUGAGGCGGCGAUAGAGCGCGCCGGCAUUGGCAAGGGUGAUGUCAAUGAGGUGAUCAUGGGCAAUGUGGUGUCUGCCGGUCUUGGACAGGCGCCCGCCCGCCAGGCGGCCAUCUUUGCCGGACUGCCGACAAACGUGUGCUGCACCACCGUCAACAAGGUGUGCUCCUCAGGCAUGAAGUCGGUGAUGCUGGGCGCCCAAUCCCUGAUGCUCGGCCAGGCUGAUGUGGUGGUUGCCGGCGGCAUGGAGUCUAUGUCGAAUGUGCCCUUCUACCUGAAGCGUGGCGCGACACCUUAUGGUGGCGUCAAUCUUACCGAUGGCAUUGUCUGGGAUGGUCUUUGGGAUGUCUACAACAAGUUCCACAUGGGCAAUUGCGCUGAGAACACCGCCAAGAAGAUGCAGAUAUCACGCAAGGAUCAGGAUGCCUUUGCCAUCGAGUCAUACAAACGCUCAGCCAAAGCCUGGAGCGACAAGAUCUUCGAAAACGAAAUUGCUCCCGUCAAGAUUCAGCUGAAGCGCAAGCCCGAGCAGAUUAUCAGCGUCGACGAGGAAUUCACCCGUGUGAACUUCGAAAAGUUCGCUCAGUUGGCAACAGUGUUCCAGCGCGAGAAUGGAACAGUUACUGCCGGCAAUGCGUCCACUCUGAACGAUGGUGGCGCCGCUGUUGUCCUCAUGACCGCCGAAGCGGCGAAGCGUGCUGGCGUCAAGCCUCUGGCCCGCAUUGUAUCCUUCCAGGAUGCCGAGACCGAUCCCAUUGAUUUCCCCAUUGCGCCCGCAUUCGCGGUGCCCAAACUUCUGGAGCGUGCUGGCGUGCGCAAAGAGGAUGUGGCCAUGUGGGAGAUCAAUGAAGCCUUCUCUUUGGUCGUGCUGGCCAACAUCCGCAAACUGGACGUCGAUCCCGCCAAGGUGAACGUGCAUGGCGGCGCCGUCUCCCUGGGCCAUCCCAUUGGCAUGUCUGGUGCCCGUCUGGUCACCCAUUUAACCCACGCCCUUAAAUCGGGCGAACUGGGAUGCGCCUCCAUUUGCAAUGGCGGCGGUGGCGCUUCUUCCAUUCUACUGCAGAAGCUUUAAGUCUGUGAGAGAAAAAGAG